AUGUCUCGCCAGUCCUGCGCUCUUGGCAAGGGGUUCAGCUCCAGCUCUGUGUGCUUCGGGGGCAAGAACAAGGUCACGUUUGGCUCCAUGCCCCGUGGAGGAUGCCGGGGAACUGCUGGUGGCUUCAGCAGCAGGAGCCUCUAUUCCCUGGGGGGCAGUAAAAGCACCUCCCUGGGAGGAUUUGGGGGUGCUGGUGCUGCCUGCAGAGGCUUUGGUGGCCAAGGAGGCUUCGGCUUCGGGGCCGGAGCAGGAUUUGGGGGUGGCUAUGGUGUAGGGUGCUUUGGUGGAGGCCCUGGCAGUGGCUUUGGUGGCUUUGGUGGAGGAUUUGACGGUGGGAUGGGGGGCCAGGGCUUCCCGCCGUGCCCCCCGGGUGGCAUCAGGGAGGUGACCAUCAACCAGAGCCUGCUGGCCCCCCUCAAUCUGGAGAUUGACCCUGAGAUCCAGAAGGUUCGGACACAGGAACGGGAGGAGAUCAAGAAACUCAACGACAAAUUCGCCUCCUUCAUCGACAAGGUCCGGUUUCUGGAGCAGCAGAACCGAGUCCUGGAGACCAAGUGGAAGCUGCUGCAGGAACAGGGCGGCACAGGAACGGGGGGCAGGAACCUGGACCCUUUCUUUGAGACCUACAUCAGUGGGCUGAGGAAGCAGCUGGAUUGUCUCUCCAGUGAGAAGCACCAGCUGGACACAGAGCUGAAGAGCUUCCAGGACAUGGUGGAGGACUUCAAGACAAAGUACGAGGAGGAGAUAAACAAAAGGACGGCAGCUGAGAAUGAAUUUGUGCUCCUGAAGAAGGAUGUGGAUGGAGUCUACAUGGCCAAGGUGGAACUCCAGGGAAAACUGGAUUCUCUGCUGGAUGAGAUCAACUUCCUCAAGUGUCUUUAUGAGGCCGAGCUGGCCCAGAUGCAGAAGACGGUGUCCGACACCUCGGUGGUGCUGUCCAUGGACAACAACCGUAACCUGGACCUGGACAGCAUCAUUGCCGAGGUGAAGGCGCAGUACGAGGAGAUCGCCAACCGCAGCCGGCUUGAGGCCGAGUCCUGGUACCGGUGCAAGUAUGAGGAGCUGCAGGCAACCGCAGGCAAGCAUGGAGACAGCCUCAAGGACACCAAGACCGAGAUCUCAGAGCUCAACCGCAUGAUCCAGAGGAUCCGGGCUGAGAUCGACAGUGUGAAGAAGCAGUGUGAGACCAUUCAGACGUCGAUUGCGGAUGCAGAGCAGCGCGGGGAGGUGGCUCUCAAGGAUGCCAGGGAUAAACUGGCCGAGCUGGAGACAGCCCUGCAGAAAGCCAAGGCUGACAUGGCCCGGCAGCUCCGGGAGUACCAGGAGCUCAUGAACGUCAAACUGGCCCUGGAUGUGGAGAUUGCAACCUACAGGAAGCUGCUGGAAGGCGAGGAGUGCAGGAUGUCUGGAGAGUGCCAGAGCUCUGUCAGCAUCUCUGUGGUGGGCGGCAGCAGCUCUGUGGGAGGUUCAUAUGGCAGCGGACUGUGCCUUGGAGGAGGAGGAAUUGGCUUUGGAAGCGGGAAAGGCAGCUGCAACACGGGCGGUGCUGGUUUAUGCUUCAGCCUGGGAGGGGGUGGAUUUGGUGCUGGGGGUGGAUUUGGCUCCCUGGGUGGGGGAUCUAACUCAGUGGUGGUGGGGGGAUCUGGCACCAUCCUGAAGAACAGUGGCCCCACCAGGAGGGCAUAG